GUUGACUCGGUUCGUUAUAUAUAGGAGAAUGAUCCGGUCGUUUGUCUUGCAAAUAGACCUGACUCGAUAACUGGUUUGCUUUGGUUUAGAGGCAGAGAGAUUUGCCCUAACCUAAGUUCUCGUCAUCGAAACUGCAUCCUUGGGAAACCUACGAGUCAUGGCUAACAACAGCAACACAACGGCAAGAUCAUUCCUUCAAGUAGCAUCGACAGAGGAGGUGGCUCCUCCACUUCGAGUUGUUCAGAUCGAGGGACUGGUUAUUUUGAAGAUAAUCAAACACUGCAAGGAGUUUUCUCCUGCUUUGGUUACUGGCCAGCUUCUUGGGUUAGAUGUUGGUAGCAUUCUGGAAGUUACCAAUUGUUUCCCUUUCCCGAUUCGGGAGGAGGAUGAAGAGAUUGAAGCUGAUGGUGCCAAUUACCAGCUUGAAAUGAUGAGAUGCUUGAGGGAGGUUAAUGUUGAUAAUAAUACAGUUGGAUGGUACCAAUCAACAUUGUUAGGUUCUUUCCAGACUGUGGAAUUGAUUGAGACUUUUAUGAACUACCAGGAAAACAUUAGGCGAUGUGUAUGUAUCAUUUAUGACCCCUCAAGAUCCAAUCAGGGUGUCUUAGCUCUGAAGGCCCUGAAACUUUCUGAUGCUUUUAUGGAGCUGUACCGCAGUAACAAUUUUACUGGGGAGAAGUUGAGAGAGAAAAAUUUGUCAUGGGUUGAUAUUUUUGAAGAAAUUCCUAUAAAAGUUUCAAAUUCUGCACUUAUCAGUGCCUUUAUGACAGAGUUAGAAGCUGAUUCACCCAUCACCCAGUGUGAUUAUGAUCGUUUGCAAUUAUCAACCAAUCCAUUUAUGGAGAGAAAUGUUGAAUUUUUGAUUGAGUGUAUGGAUGAAUUAUCAAUGGAACAGCAGAAGUUCCAAUUUUACUAUAGGAAUCUUUCACGCCAGCAAGCUCAGCAGCAAGCGUGGCUUCAAAAGAGGAGGUCAGAGAACAUGGCACGUAAAGCUGCAGGAGAAGAGCCUUUGCCUGAGGAGGAUCCUUCAAACCCCAUUUUUAAGCCAAUCCCUGAGCCAUCGCGGUUGGAUAGCUUCCUCAUUACCAAUCAAAUUUCAAACUUUUGCAACCAAAUCAACGGGGUUUCUGGGCAGAGCUUUAGCCGAUUGUAUUUGAUGAAGGCUUUGCAAGAAAGUUGAUGUCGUUUUAGCUGGAAAUGUGUUCAUUUUUUGGAAGGGGACGCCUUCCCUGUUUGAAAAUGACAAAUUUUGGAGCGGGAGAGCUAUGCUUGGAUUGGUGUUUGACAUUUUUGAAAGUGACUGUAGAAUGUUAGCCUAGUAUUAUUAUUAUUAUUUUUUUUGCUUUUAAUAGUAUUUAAAACUACAUCUAUAUUAUUAUGCUAUGCUGAAGUUUAUAUAAAAAUGCAAAUUCGGAUGUGGUCA